CCGAAAGAACCUGCCAAACAACGGCUUAUAGGAAUACAAUUAAAUAUUCCUCUCUCUCUCUCAUCUUUCUCGCUCUACUUUGCACUGCAACAACGAUAGCAGAAUCACUAAUGGCGGCAACAUCCGCAUCUUCCAGAAGACCGGGCUUCCGUUCUCACUCUCCGUCCGGAAGAUUCCCUAGCUCUUCGUCUUCCGCCUUUGCCUCCUCCAGCUCCAGCUUCUCCUCUCGUCCCUCGAAUUUCUUUCAACGGUCAGCUUCUCCGACACGUGUCAACGUCUACGGUCAUUCCGCCAUGUCUUCCUGGUUCUCCCUAGACCGACCGGUGUCCCCUAACCGUUCCAUGUCCGCAGUCGGUGCCAAACCUUCGCAUCAGGUUGUGAAGAGACAGAGUGGUCCCAAGCGGACCUGUUUGUGUUCUCCUACAACGCACCCGGGCUCCUUCCGGUGCAGCCUCCACAAGAAUUUCGGAGGUAAUUCGCAGGGAGGGAGUGUUUCGGCGAGUAAUCGGCUUAACGCGCGCAGAUCGGCGAUGACGAACUCUCUGGUGAGGAUCGGUGGAGUGGAAGGGGAUCUGGUCAAGAGAGCCCUUGCUGCCCUGAUUCGUCCGUCCUCGCACCAACAGCGCCGCCGCACCGCUUUCCAACUGAGGCCGAGCAGGUUAUCGGUUAUGUGUAAAGCCGCAGAUUCCUGAAAUUCUCCAACGGAACGAAGCUUCCAUUAUUUUUGUCGAUCCUUAUUAAACUGAGCGGCGCGUGAGAUUCGGGGCGGACUUGUUUUAGAGUAUUCCGGCGACCGAAACACAGAAUCCGAUUGGAGAACUGCGAUUACAUUAUAUUAUACUUCUUUUUGUUAUGUAUAUACAGCUUAUAUAUGAACCUUUGCGGCCAUUAAUGGUGGAUUUGAGACUCUCA